CAGGGCGAAGCCAGCCAAUCAGCGCACAGCCCGGAGAAGCGCUUCGACCAGAAGGAGAGGUUUGUUCUCCUCACCGAAACAACCCGAACCGAUCGUCGCGCCUGCAGCGGGGGUGUGGGAAGGUGAAGCCAGCGGAUGCCCAAAGGUUGAUCUUUAUCGUGGACUGUUUGUGUUUAGGAAAGUCUGUGACGGCGGGGAACGGCAGCGGGUAAAGAGAUAGCGAGCACCGAGCCGACGGAACCGCCCCAGUUCACAUUAUCUGUAGUUACGGCGGGGUUAGGCGUCAACGACACCGAGGGAAACAUGUCCGGAGAGCCGAUUGUCAUCACGCUGGAGACGGCCGCCGGGGCCCCCAGUUCGUUCCCGGUGGUCUUGAAGAAAAUAAUGGAAAUGCCUCCGCCGAAUAUACUGGACGGGGACGACGAAACUGAUAAGGAGAAGCUGUUUCUGGGAGACAAUGUUGACCUCACCGCCGUGGGGGCCGACAUGGGUCCUUCAGCCGCCCUGACGCCGGCCAUCUGGGAGAAGACCAUCCCCUACGAUGGCGAGAACUUCCACCUGGAGUACAUGGACCUGGAGGAGUUCCUCAUGGAGAACGGUAUCCCCACCUCGCCCGGGGAGGACUCCGCCAAGAGCGGCACGGACGGGGACAAGCCGAAGGCCGGGCCCUCUGCGCAGAGAAACACUAUUAAAGCAGCGAGCGUGUCUCCAGUGGCCCUGCUGCCCAUCCAGGAGCUGGAUAAGUGUGAGGAGGAGGUGGUGAUCAUCACCAAGAGUGACUCUGAUAUCUCGUGUGACGUUAUCGCAGAGGUGACCACCGAAAAGGAGAGAGCGACUCCCGAACCCGUCGACCCGGAAGACAUCGAGGUCGAGAUCAACUACGAGCCCGACCCGACAGACUUGGUCCUGUCCAGCGUGCCCGGCGGCGAACUGUUCGACCCGCGCAAACACAAGUUCUCCGAGGAGGAGCUGAAGCCGCAGCCCAUGAUCAAGAAGGCAAAGAAGGUGUUUGUGCCUGAAGAACAGAAGGACGAGAAGUACUGGCAGAGGAGGAAGAAGAACAACAUGGCGGCCAAGCGCUCGCGCGACGCCCGCCGGUUAAAGGAGAACCAGAUCACCGUCCGAGCCGCUUUCCUGGAGCGUGAGAACGCCGCGCUGAGGUCGGAGGUCGCCGAGCUGCGGAAGGAGUGCGGCCGCUACAAGAACGUCGCGAGCCGCUACGAGGAGAAAUAUGGACCAAUUGCGGCGCCAGAUGACGAAUAGGCAGCGUUUGAUUUAUUCAUUUAUUUAAUUCCAAUGAAUAAAUAAAUCAAAGCGGUGCGCUCGGCCCAAGGGAACGCUCCAGUCAAUCCCAUGAAGACAACCACGGCGAGGAAGAGAGUGGCCGGCGCCGCCGUGGAGAUGUGAUAGCAUGUUAAGAUAUCAGUAUCUUUCUCCCUUUUUACUGAAAUGAAUUGUAUUUACCAUUGAGAGAAAAGUGUGAGAGGAUAUUCAAGUGCUUCUUUUCCUUUUUUCUUUUUUUCUUUUCGGUGUUUCUCUCCCGAGAGGAGCGCCUCAUGUUUUGUACGCCUGUGGCCGAAAGAGAUCAUUUGUGAUGUUUUUGUUUCAAGAAGAACUUUGGGGCUUUAUAGGUAGCACAUGCAAUAGGUUUAGACGGGUCUUCUUCAGUAGAGAUCGCUUCCAGUUUUCAGAGCUUAUAUACAAUCUGAAAACCUCUCCAGCGUUUUUAUUUUCAAAUUUAUAUUAAAGAGUUGUUUGAAGAGCUGGCCGUUCUCCGCCCGCGAAAACUUUAGACUGUGACAUUUCCAAUAACUUCUUCAGGGGAUUACAGUGAAGUGGCCAUAAAGAGAGAGAAAAAAAAAACAGGUAAACCCAGUCUCGUUCACUUCUCUUCAUAUGUACAAGCCACUCAUUAACAGCGCUCUGUCUCCGUCUCAUUCUUUGUGUUUUCCGGUCGCUCCCGUGCUUCACUCCACUUAGUUCGUCAGACUCGCCCAUCGAGUCUCCUGACGCCUGUACUGUAAAUAGCCGUAGGGUUCAACUCAUAUUUACUGGACUUUUUAUAUACAGAGGAAUGUGUAAACUCCGCCUAAACGCUUCACACUUUUCAGAGUCUGUAUUUACUCUCGAGUAGUAAAUCACCGUCGGAGCCGAUCACCUCUGUAAGGAGCUAAUGAUCCUGCCUUCAUUGUGUUCGUCUGUGGAGUCUCCGCAGUGCGCACCGUGUCGGGGCGUCGUCAACAAUAACCAACCGUUAAGUGUCUUUUUCAGUGUCUUCUGUGUCUCAAGCCAUUUCAAUGCAACAUGCAGUCUGUCAGUUUACAAGGUUGGGGGGUGGGGGGUUGGGGGGGACGACACUGUGUCACGUUACAAUCCCGCGGCUCGCUUUGGGGUUCUUCUACUGUCCAGCUGAGACAUAAAGGGAAAUGUGUGGUUCCUCUUGCUGCUGUGCUUCCUUCAAUACAUAUUCAGGCGUUUCACUAAAGUAAACUCCUUGUUUGCAGAGUCUUUCCAUUUGUUUCCUAAAACCACAAGUCAGGGUUGUGGAGGUACUCCAGGUUUCUCUAGCAAGCAUUAAAUUUAAGCCUCAACUUUUUUGAGUCACAUAUUUUGGAAUAAUUCUGACAAAUAGGUUUUCUGGCUCAUUUAAUAUUUUUUUAAAUGUCAAGUCUGUUGUGAAUGAAGGUUGCAUUUGCCUUCUCUCUGGAACAAGUCAAUUUGUUAACUGCGAGGGGUUGUUUUUAACCUUCCAGGUUACAUCUUUGUAUUUCUUUGUAAAGAAACAUUUAGGCAUUUAGAGUGUGGCUACUUCUUGUGUCAUGUAUAUAUGGUCUGUACAAUUAAAGCCUUGUUGAUGGAA